GCGAGAACACCAGGGCGCCAGGGUCCAGGUUCCAGCUUGCUCUCGCUUUCACCCACGUGUUCAAAGUUCUGUCGCUUAUCAUCACCGUACCGGGCCAGUUUGAGCCGCAUUGCAUCGAAUAAUUUAUUAUUGACAGCUGUCAGUCGCACGAUGGCGUCUCGGGAUCGGGUGGCUUAUCGAUGCCUGAAGAGGCCAGAACAGGCCACACAACACACGCCGAAUUCACGUUCUCGGUGUCUGCGGGCGGCGUCCCUGUCGAUCGGUUAUCGGUGUUCAAGCUCGUGGAAAAGAAAGCAAAGUAAAAAAGAAAAAAAAGGAAAACACUUACAAACCCAAGUAGAUUGGGCAGCUCGCGAGCUCUCGGUGAUAGGUUUGACCCGGGACGGAAUCUAGAGCUCAGUCUCGUUUAGGCAGUGCGCCACAUCGGCAUCUUGGGGCCCAUCGUCUGCGAUUUGUGCCCAUUUUGUGUGUGAGUUUGAGUGUGUUUCCGGGAAAUGAGUCACGAGCUGGGAAAGGUGCAACCGCAGUUCUUCUCCCAUCGCAUCGUCAGCAAUCAAAGCAGCAGUAGUACGAGCUCCAGUAGCACCAUCGCCAGCAGCAAACCGGUGAAAAUGCGCAAACCACUGCUCAACGAGCGCUGGACCUCCGUCCUGUACACCGCUGUCGCCGCUCUCAGCUACGUCACGGCUGGUACUACGAUAGGCUGGAGUAGUGGAACGUUCCGGCGUACUGGACAAACCCUGCCACAGCUAGACAAUUGGUCCAUCUCACUGGCAGCAACACCUGCCCUAAUGAUCACUGUUAUUGCGUUAGUCGUUCAUCGGAGCUACCGCUGGAUCGGCACGAAGGCGUACCUAAUGACGGCGGCUCUGUUAGCGAUGGGCUCGAGUGUGCUGGAAGCAUAUGGGCAGACCUUCUGGAGCGCGAGUGCAGGUCGUAUUCUAGGAGGAAUCUCAGCAGGUAUCGCAUUUACACUGUUACCUUCAUACGUGGACGAAUUCGGAUCGAGCGACCGAGUUGGACUCGGUAGACCACCUCUAGACGAGAUACUAACGGCUGCAUUCCCGUUCGGUGUUCUACUGCGAUUCGUCGCCGAUAUUCUACCGGCUCCAAUCUCUCCGUUAUGGGCCGCUUUGCAAUGGGCCGCCUUUCCAGCCGCCUCUUUCGUGGGAUUGUUGUUCCUUCCCGAGUCGGCUCGGUUCCUCUGUUCUACUGGAUGUGUCUCGCAGGCAGCUGAUGUACUCCAUCGCACUCAUGAACCCUCAAGUCAUCCAGCACUACAAGCAUCAUUAGCUCGUUGGCAACAACCUUCGCCUGGUUUAUUCGAAGCUAUCAGCCGCCAAGCUAACCUGACGUUGAUCGUACCGUUAUUGAGCCUGUUCGCGUUCCAGGCGUUCAUUGGAGCAAUCCCGAUGCUGUUCUACCUAGCUGACCUGCUAGAACUUGCUGGUCAAGGAGGUCCAGAGCCUAACAGAGCUGCCGCUCUGCUGAUGUUCGCUUUUAUAGUCACCAUCAAACUCAGUCGCUUCCUGUAUCGUCGUCAACACCUGGACAAGACUCUUCUCGUCACCAGUGGCCUCAUCAUCGCUCUGGCAACCAUUGGUCUUGGCUGGCACUGUCACCAACGUCGCAUCCAUGCGCCUGACGCAACAACCGCAGCUCUCAACGAUUGGCCGUUGUACGCCUUUGCAGUCCUGUACAUCAGCUAUGCUGUUGGAUUUCAUCGCAUCCCAGGCACACUAUUAGCCACCGAGGCGGAUGAUGAGAAUCGGUUCGCUCUACACACACUUUCCACCGCCAUCAGCUGGGGUUCGGUGUAUCUCGCUGUGCGACUCCUUCCAGUUCUUCUGAGGAAUAUCGGGCUUGGUUGGGUACUUUGGAACAUCGCGCUUGUAGCUCUCUUUACAGUCGCCGUUGUACUCCUCUGUCUACCUGAAGCCGGUGAUGGUAACGCACACAAAGUCCUUCCGGUCACCUCACGUGCUUCCUCCUCCAGUUCAACCUCGUCAACCUGCUCCUCAUCCUUAGGGUCGAACUCACCCACGCUUCCGUGCACCUGCUGGCCCUGUUCGAACUGCUCGAAUGUGGCCGCCCCAGAGACCUCUAGCACUGUGGUGCAGAUCUUCAGCUACGCCCCACCCAACUCCCCUAAAACACCCGACCCAUCCACCCCCAGCCUGAACAUCAUCUGAAGGAGUCUCCUCAAGCGAACACCGAAACCGAAAAGA